GCUUUCUGUCUUACCCCUUUUCUAGUUUUUUGGUCUUACCCCUUGUUGAACCUUUGGAGAGUGCAGAGCAGACAGAAAGGGUGUUGGUGAGAGAAAGAAAGGCAAAGUGUCAGGAGAAACCAUGCAGUAUCUGAGGCAGCCCAGUGAGCCUAGUGACCAAGCCUGACCACCUGAUCACCUCGGACGAACAGGGAACAGCAGUCGAGUCAAGACCUGGACACAUACCUCCAACUCAAGAAAAAGAGGAAAAGGGAGAGGAAGAACAGCAGAUGUGUGAGAGACAGUAGAGGGUCAAGGAGAUGCUCAGACGGACUGGAGAGUGAACAGAAAGGAGACCAUAGAGAAAGAAAGAGGAAAGGGCACUGUUGGAACACUUGGGGUUGCAUUGAAAUUUGGAUUGUUUGUAAAGUGGUGUUGGACUUUGUGGUGAUUCUGUUCAUCUGAGAGACAACAGGAGUGUGUGCGAGUCCUGUGUUACAUCCCCGCAUCCAAUACUGUCUGUGUGUGGAAACACUGUGCUACGCCACUACUCCAGGUGUUCUGGAGAGAACAAAAUAGUAACAAAAGAACAGGACAGAAUUAGGACGGAGAAAAAGAAAGGAAAGACAGAGAGAGAGGUGUUGACAAAGAAAACAACGCUUUAGAAGAUCCCAUAAAGACACGUAGCCUAACAGAGAAAAAGACAAGUGAAAACAAACAGAAGCAGACUUAAAGACAGGAUGGCAAACUCAGGUUUCCAGUUGCUGGGCUACUUCCUGGCAUUGGGUGGUUGGAUUGGCAUCAUUUCCACCACGGCUCUGCCCCAGUGGAAGCAGUCUUCGUACGCCGGUGAUGCCAUCAUCACGGCUGUGGGGCUCUACGAGGGCUUGUGGAUGAGCUGUGCCUCCCAGAGUACCGGACAGGUACAAUGCAAGGUGUUUGACUCUAUGUUGUCACUAGACGUUCACAUUCAGACGUGUCGUGCCCUGAUGGUGGUGUCCGUGCUGCUGGGCUUCAUAGGAAUGAUCGUGAGUGUGGUGGGGAUGAAGUGCACCAAAGUGGGCGACAACAACCCCAUUUCUAAAGGACGCAUCGCUGUGUCUGGAGGAGCCCUCUUCCUGCUGGCAGGUCUGUGUACGCUGGUGUCUGUGUCCUGGUAUGCCACUCAAGUGUCCUAUCAGUUCUUCAAUCCAAACACACCGGUCAAUGCUAGAUAUGAGUUUGGGUCUGCGCUGUUCGUGGGAUGGGCGGCGGCCAGUUUGACAGUUCUGGGCGGUUCCUUCCUGUGCUGCUCUUGCUCUAAUGAGGAGAGGAGAGGACAGCAGUACUACCGCCAAUCACAACCAUCCACAGCAAGGGAGGCAGAGUUGUUGAGUGAGACUAGUUUCCCUGACUGACCACCCCCUGCCUUUUUUCGAGGACUGUCCGAGUUGCGCUCAAUGUUUCCCCUUUCCCUGUUCCUUCCUAGAUUCAAAAUUUGGACCCUUGUUUUUCCGUUCUAGCAUGUCGCUUCCUGUUCCACCAAAUCCAAAACAUGCUCUUAAAUGUCUGCAAUUUAUCAGUCUCUGAUAAUAAGUUAUGGGGCAAAAAAAUGUCGACCACACCUUUGAGCUGGCCCCACCCCUUUUCACCCAACCCCUUGAGCCUGUUUGUAAACACGAACUGGUGAAGGAGAACUGUGGUUAGGUGGUUAAAUGCCUUUGCACCACGUGGGGCAUUACUGUAUUUCAGCCUGUGAACCCUUUACUAGAAACUCCAUUAUGUCCUUUAAAUAUGGUUUAUUUACUGAACUUUAACUGUAUUACUUUUGUUUUUUAAUUUCUGCUUCAUUGAUAUCCUAUGAUUUCUGGGUUUGUAGAAAAGUGAUUUUUGGUUUUGUUCUCUGAGAAUACAAGUGUACAUUUACUGAAACAUGUUUUUUUCUUUUAAAUUGCAGAACAAAUGUUAAAAGUUCCCCACCAGAGAAAAAGGAGGAGUAUUUGUAAUGUGGGCGACUCCUUUGGCCCCACCAUGUGUUAGAUUGUUGGUAAAAGGCAAGACACUGUCUAACACAAAAAGACAAGACUCUCUAAGAAAACAAAAGCAGACAAGACACUCUUUAAAGUAGUGCAUCUCCAGACCAGUCCUAAUGGGAUUUUAAUAUUGUUUGUCCAUGUAUUCUAUACACAAGUGGGUAUGGAAACAAUAUUGAAGGGUUUUGCUAUAUUACUAGAGUUAAAACACAUGUACUAGUAUUUGGAUAAUUGAGAGGGACAGAGAGUGAAACUGAAUCAAUACUUCUGUCUGUCUGUAGUCUGUCUUUAGUUUCUGUGAGAGGAAGUCAUUCAGGGUGUGUUUAAAGAACAUAGAACACACACGUGCCUAGGUGUUUUUAUCACCACCUCCAGCCUUUCUACUACAUAUAUGCUCUACUGCAGUGCCUUAUAACAUGUGUGUGUUUGUGUGUGUGUGUGUGUGCUGUAUGUUUUGACUGUUCUACAAGGAUUCCACAGUAUCACAUCCUAUAUGAUGAAACAUAUUGUACACGUAUCCAUACUCUUGCUUUUAUCACAGAAAUGAAAUGCAUUCAGACAAACUGUUACAUAUAGUUUUAUCUCUGAUCAUAGAUUCGUACUGUACACCACAACUGAUGAGAGUGAUGGCUUACCUUGUAAAAGUUGUGAGUCUGUUUGAGUAUAGUACCUGUAGCCCGGACUGAGGAUAUUUUACAUGCGUUGUGGUUAGUUAAACACUGAUUUGGUUUCAUGUGAAUGGAAGAGAUUCAUUUCUGUACGGAUGGUGAAAGCACUGUCGCAUGUACAGGAUCUGUACUUAGCAAUGGCCAGGUUGCUGAACGUAAAUCAGGUCAAUCCUUUUUCUGUUACCUACGUUUAUUCACCAUGCAUUUUCUUUAUCUAAUAUUCACUAUUAUUAUUUGACUGUAUGUAUCUCAUUUAAAAUAUACUCCGUUCUGUUUCUUUUAGAUUAAAGUAAACAUAAAAACAU